AUGCGCACGACACCUCUCCUUCGUCUGGCCGUAUGCCUGACCUCUUUGGCUCCUCUGGCAUCGGCAUGGCCGGGAUGGCUACCUAAUGUUGACACACUGAUUGUCCGGGCCGAUGAUAAUGCAGACACAGGUAAGCAUAUCCCCCCAUCCCAAGAGAAAGAGGGAGAGAGAGAGAUGACUGACAUGAUGUAUAUCCAAAAUAUAGCCGCCGAGACGGGAGCAACAGCCACGGCAACAGCAGCCAAGGCUACCAAGACAGAUGACGGGGACCUCAACACAGCCGAGCCGACAUCUGCCAAGAAGACGGAUGACGGGGACCUCAACACGGCGGAACCGACCUCUACCAAGACGGCCAACGACGACGACAACAACGACGACGACAAAACCAGCAAGGGCAAGAAGACGACCAAGACAUCGAGCGUGAGCAUCCCGGCCACGGCCAUAGCGGGGGGCGUUAGCAUAACGGAGCCGGCUACGACGCAGAUGGCCACGCCCCUCUUCAAGAUCGGCGACAAUAUCACCCUAGGGUGGAACUACACCGGCAUCAUCGAGAAACCCACCGCCAUCGACGUGCUCAUCAGCUGCUCCACCGCCUCGGAGACCUGGACCCUGACCUCAAACAUGACCUUCGAAACGGACGUCUCCUACACCUGGAACUCGGAGGACCAGGCCGACAACGUCGAGACCCCGCUCCUCACAGAGCUGUACACCCUCAUCAUCAAGAACUCGGACGCCGACAUCAGCGACUCCCCGGAGGCCGGCAAGCUUGCCGCCAACGCCCAGUUCACCUUUGGCCUCUACCACCCGCAAGCCUACACCCCCUACGCUGACUGGGAGUGCAGCGGCUGCAGCGGUGCCGCCAGCCUCUUCAGCUCGCAGGUCGUCCACCUCGCCGUCACCAUGAGCGCCAUCACGAUCAUCACCUUCACCUACUUUGUCACUGGGUGGGGGAUUCAUUAA